UUCUCCCAUGGAUAAUUACGCAACUUUGCGUUGUGUUCUGAAAGUGCAUUCUCGUUGCGACGCAUGCAAGAGACACACCGUGGAAAUACUAACUUCAAUCACCGGAACGUACGAUAUCACAAUGGAUGCAGAGAGAAGUGAAGCGAUGAUCGUGGGCCAAGUCGACCCGAAUUAUUGCAUCAGGGCAAUAUCAAGAUGCAAUGGACAUGCGGAACUAGUGUGGGCAAAUCUCAAACAUCCAAAAAUGGGAGGUGAAUCUUAUGGCUAUGGUAGCUUCGGAAAUUCCUAUGGCCACGGGGGUAUUCAAGUAGGACGAUUCCAGAAUAUUCUUACACUUCUAACAAUAUCAACUAUGAUUAUGAAUAUGAUCGUAGACAACGUGAGCCUUAUCCUAUCAUUGAUUAUACCAUCCCUUACCACAGUGAAGAUUCCAUGA